AGGCACAUGAUGGUUAUAUGAAACAAUGAAAUAAAGAAAGUGUCCCGGUAACCUCCUCUCAUUAUAAAAGUAAUAUUGUAACGCUGUAACGCUGUAACACUGUAACGCUGUUACAACGCUGCAAUGAAAAAGAACAAGAAGCGAGGAACUGGUGAAGCAAAGCCCAGCUCGCCCCCAGACGACAGUCCACAAGCAGUAAUCAUCAGUCUCCCUCGGAUCAUAGUCACGUUUCUAAUCGCGGGAGCGGCCAUCAUGUACCGGCUACAACCACUGUGGAAGGAGGACCCUCAUGUCAUGGAUCUGGCUCUGUGGAAUAGUACUGUGGGAACAGCGGGGGUAACACAGGUGCUGCCCUGCUCACCUGAUCAUAAGGUCGAGUACACUGGAUGCGAGGCAGUGAGGUGCGGGAGAAUGGUGUUAGAUCGCCUUGUCACUGCAGAGGAAGCAAAGCAACUCAUAACUAUUGCUGAGAAGGGAAUGGCACUGGGCGGUGGUUCUGGUGGGGCUACUAUACUAGAUCUACACAGUGGAGCUAUAUCUGUUGGAACAAAGUUCGCUGAUGUACGAUUGCUGGCUAACAAGAACGGUAUAACGGAGUUAUUUAGCUACGAAGAUCUUAAAUUGUACCGUUCUGUCAAGAAUCGAAUACAGUUGGAAAUAGAAAAGAAGUGGAAGAUAAAGACUGGAAAACUAAAGCUGACGAAACCAACUUUCUUUUCCCGGAUGACUGACAAGCCUCCAACCACAGUUCAUGAUGAAUACUGGCACGUUCACACUGACACAGAACAGUACGACAGAUUUCACUACACGUCCCUGCUCUACCUCAACACAUACACCACUGACUUUAUGGGGGGCAGGUUUAUGUUCGAUGCUCCUGGGUUCAACAACACCGUCCACCCUAAAGCAGGUCGGGUCAGUAUCUUCACAAGCGGAACAGAGAACCCUCAUCAUGUGGAGAGAGUUACCUCCGGAGUCCGGUACGCUAUAACCAUUCCCUUCACUUGUGAUCCGGAGUUCGCUAUUGGGGACCCCACCGUUCAGUUAAACUACCAUGAUGGGGGUACUCACCUUUAACCUUAAACUAUGCAGUAUCAGCCAUUUUUUAUUGAAAUAUUCGAGAUUUUCUUGAAUAAACUGUUUAAAUGGGGUGAACCCCCUCCCGGUGAUGAACCCCCCUCCCGGCACCCAGUGUUCAUUUGAACGAAUCCUUAUACCUCCCAGCUGAUCCUUUGCUUUGUACUUGACAUGGUCGGUGGUGUUUGUAAAUUUACAAUGUUAAAGCGAUUGUUUGUAUUUCUAGGAGAUGGAAAGGUACUUAUACUGAUUCAGGUUUAGUACUUAAGGAACGUUUUGAGUGGAUUAUCAUAGUAAUUUAUGCGUGUGAGUUUGUUAUGAGAGUGUUUUCAGUGAUAUCUAACUAUGGUAUAGUAUAUUUAUUUGACUUAUUUUAUUUGGCAGUUAAUAGAUAAUUUCAUAUGACUGUUCAGUAUCAAUGUUUUCUUUGAACUUUCAUUUAGACGAUAUCGAUAAGAUAAGCUUUUGCAAUAUACUAUAUAUCUUUUUUUUGAAGAUAAGGGGUUUAUUUCUAUUUGAUCAAUUUACUUUUCACUUUAUUCCCUGUCUGAUUCCUUAUUUCUUAUCGCCGAAUACAUUACGUAAUUCAACUGAAAUUGACAUGAUGAAAACAGUAAAUUGGUCACCUAUUGUAUUUGACGCCAUUAACAAGCUGGCGAGAAUGCAACUGCUUAAUAUUUGACUUUUUAAAAAGUCGAAACUUUGUUUCUCAAUUUUGUUGAAUUCCCAGGAUUUCUAAUUUCAGAGAUAAACUUGCUCUAUUUUUAAACAUUUAC